AUGCGGCUUGAUGUCACGGACCGCGAACUCCAGCUCGUCUUGGCGGCGUUGCUAGCGCUAGGAAUGGAUAUGGAUGACGUCAUGAGCUACCUUGUCCAGUUCAUAAGCACGAGGGCGCUACAAGAUCGCGUUGCACUAGCCCGUAAGCCAUUUAACCUAGCUGAUCUUGACGCAGAAACGUGCAAGCUUCGCCUUCGCUUCUAUCCCGAAGAAAUUCUGGUACUUGAAGAGGCCCUCGGGCUUCCGGCUACGAUCUACACAGCGCAGAUGUGCCCCAUUCCACGGCAGGAAGCAUUGUGCCUGCUGCUAAGGCGCUUGGCCUAUCCCAGUCGAUACGAAGACCUUCGAUCCGAAUUCAUGCACACUGCCCCUGUGCUUUCGUCAGCAGUAAACACUACGGCCAGGAUGAUCUACAGCAAGAUCCAGAAUAAAAUGGAGUUCGAUCACCGGAUGAUCGGGUGCUACAAGCAACGGGACUUUUCGUCGUACUUGCCGGCCAACCCGUUUUCAGCAGCAAGCAUACAGCGGCCACAAGAAGAUGCACGGGAUUAA